AAUAUAGUGAUUGGCGAUUACUAAUUAGUAAUUACUGUUUAUACUCUAUACUUUACACAGUUUCAAGUGUUACAACCUUGCAAGUUGCAGGGCUAUAUUAAUUAAAUACUUCAAUAUUCUAUCAAUCAUUUAUUUGUUUUGUUGUAUCCUCUACCAAAUAUUUUCAUUUUUAACUAUUAAACCUGUUCUUUAUCUGUGAAUUUGUAACGUGUACUUAGUCCCAGAGACUUGAAUUGUGUACUGUACCUAUUUGUGUGGUAAAAUGGGCACUAAAGUAUGUGAUAUUGGAGAUGAUGUUAAGGAAACAUUGAGAAAGUUUCGGUUCCGUAAAACAACAAAAAAUGCUGCUCUUAUAAUGAAAGUGGACAGAGAAAAACAGCAAGUAUGUGUAGACGAAAUGUUGGACGAUGUCACUCUUGAAGAACUAAGAGAAAUUUUACCAGGUCAUCAGCCACGUUAUAUAAUUUAUUGCUGUAAGAUGGAACAUGGAGAUGGCCGAGUGUCAUUUCCAAUGUGUUUCAUUUAUUUCACUCCGAGAGAUAGUCAUAUGGAAUUGCAAAUAAUGUAUGCAGGUACUAAAAUGGCUUUACAGCGUGAAGCCAACUUGACUAGGGUGUAUGAAGUGAGAGAAUUGGAUGAAAUGACAGAUGAGUGGUUACAAGACUGUGUUAUGGGAAAGUAAUAUUUUAUACAAAUUUAAAAUAAUAUUAAAUGACAUGAAAUAAGUUUUUAAAUUGACAUAUAGUUUUUUUUUAAAAUACCAUUAAUUAAUUUAAUAAAAUAUUAUACUGGCCCAAAUUUAUUUUCAAUUAUCAACAUCCAUUUUAAAAUAUUAAAAUGGAUAGAAUAAAGUACAAGUCACUAUUUAAAAUUUUUUAAAUAAAAUUGAACUGUUCAUUGAUAUUUUUUUUUAUAAUAUUUGACACUCCAAAAAAAUAUUUCAUACAGUAAUUAUUGACUAUCAACUUAGGUUUAUAUAUUAUUAUAAUUUAAUCUUUUUGACAUAUUUUAAAUAUUUGAGUAUGCUUAACAUUCCUUUUGAUUUUUCACUUGUAUGUGUAUUAUGAUAAAGUAUUUUUUAUUUAAAUUAUACAUCAUCAUUUUUUAAAACCCAAAAAUUAACAAAACAUUGUUUUUAAAUGAAUACUAUAUUUUUAAUAAUUUAGGUUAUCUAAAUUAUAAAUGUGUGAUUUUUUUACUUAACAAUAACUAUAUUUAUACAUUCAAUUAUACAAACUAUUUGUAUUAUUAAAACAUAUAAUUUUUAAGUGAAUUCAUAUUUUAGAAGACAUUAUUUUACUGUUAAAUUAAUCUAUUAUAUUAUUUAUUCAUUUUUUUUGUUGAAGAAUUUAUUUUUAAGUUUGUUAAAUUAUAUUUUAUGAUAUCAGCAGUGUAAAAUUUUCUUUGAAAAUUUCACUUUGCUAAUAGUUUGUAAUACACAAUGUCACUUUUUUUAUAAUAAAUGAUUAAGUGUGUUUUUA